CCAUAAUCAUUGAAUUAAAAAUAAAAUAAAAAAACACAAAAUAAAUGCCACAACCAAAGAGGAUCACAUGAAACUUCCACUUCAAUUGAAUCAAGUGGAGAUGAGAUUAAGACAAUAAUUUCUCUCUCUUCAAUUGAUGGGAAAGUAUUAACUGCGCCACCAUUCAAUCCACAUGCCCAUACAAAAUCCAUUUACAAAUCCAGCUAAAACUUAUGGUCAUUUCUAUUAAAAUCUCAAUAUAAAUCUCAUUUUUGGGUCCCACAAAACUCCCCUUAAACUUGACUGGCUUGUAGUUCAAAACGUUGCCAUUUCUUCCUCCAUCACAUUACUUCUUUUUGGCAUUUUUCCUGCAGUUUAAUAUGUAUGCAAUAUGCAUCUAAUCCACUAAAAACAUUUCAUUCUUUCAAUCCAGUUUUUUAGCUUAAAGUUUCAUUUUAUUCAUAAAACUUUGUACAACAUGUUUUCAAAGCUUGCUUUAUCCUCUCAACCUGCCUUCUGCACGUAUUAUUCAACAUGUACCGAACCAUGCCGUGGAAGAACCCGGCCCGACAUGAUCUGUAGAAUGGAAAUGCAGGCAACACCCUCUCUAGGAGUAGAAGAAGAAGGUGUAACAAGGCGAACACAAUCGCCUUGUUUCGAUACAAGGAUAGAGAGAUCAGACCUUCAGUUUACGAAAAUGCAGCAAUUAGAAACAGAGAUUAACCAAGAAAGCAGAAGUUUUGGGGUGUUUGUGGCUAGAGAAGCAGAGCUUAAUGAAGAAUAUUGGACUGCAGCCUGGCUUCGUGCCGAAAGUCACUGGGAGGAUCGACCAAAUGAAAGAUAUGCUGAGAGCUACAAAAGGAAAUUCGCAGACCAGGAAUACAAUGCUUUGAAAAGAAGAUGCAGAGGAUACCAAGGCCAACAGUCUUCAUGCAUUAUCGCGGUAAAGAAGGAAGCUAAUAACGUUAAACAUACCAUACUCAAAAGUGUGGUAGGAACUUUGGAUUUGAGUAUUCGAUACUUGCUACAAGGAGAAUCAUUUCCUGGGGAAAGAGUUCAGGCACCUUUAUUCUGCAGCAUUGAGAGGAAGGAAGCAAGCAGAUACGGUUAUGUUGCAAACCUAUGCGUUGCAAAAUCAGCUCGGCGCAAGGGCAUUGCCCUCAACAUGUUGAAGUUUGCAAUAGAAUCUGCAAAAUCAAAGGGUGCAGAAAUGAUAUUUGUUCACGUUCAUAAAAAGAACACACCAGCUCGGAAACUGUAUCAGAGAUUGGGUUUUGAGAUUGUAGAAGUUGCAAACAAGCAAUUAGUAGAGGAACAGAUGUACCUGCUUAGUUGCAAGACGUAAACCAAAAUCGGAGAUAUUCCCCUGCUUACGUCUUAUAACCUACAUUCAUACUACAAAUUAUUUCUUA